AUGAGGGGUGUGACAGGAGAGUGGGUCGCAUUUCCUGAAGGUCCCGGCGUGUUUGACUUGCAGAGAAGCUCCUCGGGUCAGGGGUCUUUCGUUGUCCGCCGGGUUAGACCCUUCGGACCAGUACGCGGCGACGUGUUGUUCCCCUCGACUAUUGAUGGGGAAUAG